ACACACACAGACACAUCGACACACAGACACACACACAGACACAUAGACACACACACACAAACACAUAGACACACACACAGACAGACACACACACACACAGACACACACACAGACAGACACACACACACAUGCACACAGUCAUAUUAAGAAUUCUUCUGUAGAAUAUGCGGUCAUUAGCCCCAUAGUUCACAACAACAUUACUGUGCAAGACCUCUGAAGUACUGCUAAAGUUAACUGUAACAAUUAAAGUUUUGAAGGCUUCAGUAAGUACUGGGGUGCCGUAGGGAGUCUGCGUCACUGUGUUGUCAUGGAAACCAAACAGAUGACCAGAUGUGUAUGGAUCCAGUGAGGUAUGGCAAGGAGGAGGACCCCUUGAUGUCUGAUCAGGACGUCCACUGUAGUUUGGGGGCCGGUGAUCUUUAAUCCUGGCCACCGUCAAACAUUCAUGAAAUUCUUCCUGCCUUUCACUCUGUCGCUUCCAUAUAUUGGAAGUUACUUUCAGAUAUGCACCAUAGUUUCAUAAGGACAGUGAAACUACAAUUGCUGAGAAAAGUGACAUUGAGAAAAUUUGGAGAGCAUGAAGAAAAAAACGAAGAAAGCAGAAGUAGUCAAGGCUGGAGGUAAAGAGGGGAAACCAGCUUCUCUCUGAAGAAUCCGGAAACGCAGCCAGUGUUACAGCCACUGUCACAGAACGCAGCCUUAUCGGUAUGAUGAGCAACUGACUGACAGAGAAGCGGACCAUGAACUUAAGUGUGACCCAGGGCAACCAUUCUGCUAAGUGCAUCCGGGACACGGCAGUGACAUCCAUGGUCUUCCCUUGCCUCUACAGCGUGCUCUUCCUGGCCGCUCUGGUGUUCAACUGCAUGGCCGCCUGGAUCUUCUUCCAGAUUCCAAGCUCUACCACCUUCGUGGUCUACCUGAAGAACGUGGUGGUGGCCGACCUCUUGAUGACUCUCACUGUGCCCAUCAAGGUCCUGGCUGACACGGGCUUGGGUUCGUGGCGGGUGAAGUACUUCUACUGCCGCUACUCGGCUGUGCUCUUCUACUCCUCCAUGUACAUCAGCAUCCUGCUCCUGGGCCUCAUCAGCCUGGACCGCUACCUGAAAAUUGUGCGACCCUUCGGCAAGUGCGUCAUGCAAAGGGCGAUCUUUGGCAAAGUUCUGAGCGUGGCCAUAUGGGUGCUUAUACUUUCGCUGGCUCUGCCAAACACCUUGCUGAGUGACCGACCCCCAAAAACGUCCCCAAACCUCAAAUGCAGCUCUCUCAAAGGCCAGGCCGGACUUAAUUGGCAUGAAGGCUACAAUUACUUUUGCCAGGCACUGUUCUGGGGCACGCUGGCACUCAUGGUACUAUGCUACACAUUCAUCAGCCGGCAGGUAUACAAAUCGUACGUGAGCUCCCGCAGCCAGUCCGACUCCGCCGUGAAGCGCACCAAGGCGCGGGUCUUUGUGGUAGUAGGCGUGUUCUUCGUGUGCUUUGCGCCCUUCCACUUCACCCGCGUGCCUUACACCCUUGGCCAAACCCGUGCCGCCCACACCUGUGCCGUGCAGCAACACCUGUACGUUACCAAGGAGACCACUCUCUGGCUCUCGGCCACCAACAUCUGCCUGGACCCACUCAUCUACAUCUUUCUGUGUGGAAAGUUCCGCAGAAAGCUGGCUGUUGCCAUGAGAGGAAAGUCCACCCUUAUGGGUGUGACUGACUCUGCGAGCGAGAGCGUCCCACGUCAGGAGAUGUCAGUCAUGUAGACAAAAAGUAAAACUUAGUGGACAGCCGGUACCGACAUAAUACGUCUAUAUUAUGUAACAUAUGAUUAUCACCGGGGCGGCAUGGUGGUGCAGUGGUUAGCACUGUUGCCUCACACCUCUGGGACCCAGGUUCGAGUCUCCGCCUGGGUCACAUGUGUGUGGAGUUUGCAUGUUCUCCCCAUGUCGUCGUGGGGUUUCCGCCGGGUACUCCGGUUUCCCCCCACAGUCCAAAAACAUGCUGAGGCUAAUUGGAGUUGCUAAAUUGCCCAUAGGUGUGCAUGUGUGAGUGAAUGGUGUGUGAAUGUGCCCUGCGAUGAGCUGGCCCCCCAUCCUGGGUUGUUCCCUGCCUCGUGCCCAUUGCUUCCGGGACAGGCUCCGCACCCCCCGCGACCCAGUAGGAUAAGCGGCUUGGAAAAUGGAUGGAUGGAUGAUUAUCACCUUCAUUGCAGCUACCAACGUCACCAUGACCAGCAGAAAUAUCACAUCAUCUUCUCUGUUGUCAUCACCUUCAUUCAUCAUCACCGUCAUGACUGAUGACAUCCCUUGAUACAGGGAAGGACACUCCUUCCCAAACAGAUGGAAACUGAGUUGUCGGUAUCGUGAGCCUGCGGGUGUCCAAGCUGACUCAUUAAAUAUUCAGAUACUGCUCUUACCGAAAAUUAAAUUGGACAUUAUCACGUUGGAUGAGUUAUUUUCUAAACUUGGUUACAUUUUUAGUAUAUUUGUAGCAUCCUUUUUAUGUGGCAUACUAUGCAAUACAGUUUUAUUAAAAGAUAUGCUUAGGA